AUGGCGGCACUCUCUGUCUCUCAGGAUAACAUUCGCGUCAUUGUGUCGCCGGCCGCCAGAGGAAUGAUGGGUCACCUACGGCAGAUGUUUCAUUAUCUCCUCUCGCCCGCCUACUUCUUGCCCAAAGUGCAGACCACUGAAAUGCCGAAAGAAUCUGCAUCGGUUGACGAGGCCGAGCUCUCCUUCCUCUGCUCCUCCGUGAAGUUUUAUCCCGCCCGAACUGACGUAAGUCGUUCCACUAAUUUGCACUAUUCAUGGGCGACAAAAGACUUUAGAGCGUUUGAUCGGUCUGCUGAAUGCCGAACAACUGCGAUUGAAAUUUAAUAAAGGGGGUGCAUACAGUUACACAGACCAAUUCAGAUGGUUUUUCGACUACACCAGCUGUAAACCAUAUUCGAACUCCAAAGCUAUGCGGGAUGUUUUACUAACCCUGCUCAUGGACUUCAUGGACUACUCGCCCACGAGAAGAGAGGCUGGAAAUGAGCUCUAA